CUGAGGUUAGGUUUAGGUUCAUAGGUUGUCGGAUGUUGUGAUAAAGUUGGGAAGGGAUGUUCGAGAUCUCAUCAGUGGUGGAAUAAAGUUUGACCUCAUGCUUUUGAAUUUUGAAACACAUUUGAAUUUCGCAAAGUGAUCUUUCGUUCUUUCUACAUCGAUUCUCAAUUUCUUGUGACCGAAUAUUUAACCAGUCUUUUUGCGUGACUUUGUCUCUGAAGGUGAAGUUUAUCAGAAUAGCUAUAGCUCCUCGCAGAAAUGUUGCCACAAAAUAGAUACAGAUGGUUCUACCGCAUCGUUCGCCAUAAUACACAACGCAUUGAUGAAGAGACGGCCGCUAAAUAUAAAUUUAGACUCGCUGCAGUAUAUGCUGUAAGUGCCUUUGGUAUUUUUUGUAUGGCAACAACCAUGCGUGAUAAAGACAAGGCCGAGAAGAGGAAGAAGUAUGGAAAUGAUGAAUUUGAGGGUAACUACUGGCUGCGGCUUUAUGAUGCAAAAAAAGCUACCAGGGUGAAACUCUCCGGACUUACCUAUGAGGGAACGGAGGAGUUUGAUCUCCAAAAAAUCAGGCAAGAAGAGAUAGCAAAGGGUGAAAAGCUCAUUGUAGAAGAUGGAGAUUUGCAGUUAUAACUCCAUUAUCCUCAAGUCAACGUAUCGAACACUCAACAACCAUUUGCAAGAAUCUUCAAGGUCCAAAAAAAGACCUUUAAGUUUUAGUAUUUUAUUGAUCCAAUGAUAUCAUAAUUAAGUUUCAAUUUUCAGCUACAGUGAAAUUUUGCUCUGCAUUGGUGUUCUCAGGAAUAAUUGAGUUUCUGAAUUUUUUGGGCACUCCUUGCCUCUAGAUCAGUUUACACAAGUGAAUCAGAUGGUAAUGUUGUCAUACUCGUAAAGUAAGAAGGGAUUGAAAUUGUAAUGUGCUUACAUUUUCCAAAAAAAAAACACUGAUUCUCUGCCUCUUCAAGCCGAAAAAUCUUAGGUAUGAAGCCAUAAAUUUUCAUAGAGUUGUACUUAAGUUUUAACAGAUCAAAGUAUGCCUCAUUCAGAAUAUGUAUCAAGACAAAGAAAAUAGAUCUCUCUAGAUGUCCUUAAGAAUUGUAGAGAUAAAUAUCAAGAAGUCACGACCCUUAGUCAAGGCCUUAGCUCUUUUGAGAUAAUAACAAAGAACUAAAAACUUUUUUGUGUUCUUAUAUUUUUUGAAAGUGUCAUAAGACAAGGAUUCAUUUGUACUGUCAUUGAUCCAGGGGAAAACUGUCCAUUUUACCUCCUGUUGAAUUUUAGUGGUACUUGCAGCUGUAGAAAAUUGUAAAAUUGCUUAAUAUAAUUUUCAUACUGUAAAUAAACCCAGGUAUUGUUUUUGUUC